GAACAGCGCGCAUCACUUUUUCAUUUAACCGCACCCUUUGAGCUAUGACGCCAAACAAACGGAAGUGACCAAUAACAAUUUCCACGUUAAGGUUAUUGUCAUUUAGACGUUUAAUAACACACUGGACCAUCGUUAAUUUAACUGCAUAGCAUCACAUACUUACCUCAGGUUGGGUUUAAUUCGUGUUAGCUAACAAUGGCUAACUGUGACGGUAGGGUUUUUCACACUCAAAUAGCCUCCGUUAUGGAGGCUCUAGCGAAUGCAGCUGUGGCAGAGAUCUGUAAACUCGUAGACGACGACUAUGCAGUGUUUCGUUUGGAAAUAACUCAAAGCCAGAAAGAAAACAGGGCUUUGCGGAGGAAACUACAGCUACUGGAACUGAAGGUAUCACGGGAGCGCGUCCUCGCGAGUCGUCCCAAUAGUGUCAAGAUCCUCGACCGAUACAGAGGAAUGGCAAGAGGACAUCUUGCUGGAGGACACAGGAGCUUUGUGAAGCCAGCGGGACCCAAUGCGUGGAGAGAUGACCAACCAAUCACUGUUGAUGAGGGGAAUGGAACCUCAACCCAGCAUGUUAUUUUGAUAGAGUCUGCAGAUGCAGAGGCUGCAGGUCCUGGAGGAUCGUCUCUGGUCAAGCAGGAGAGGACUGAAGGAGAGGACCCAACACACAGCAGAGACAUCCAGACUGAAGCAGCGGCUGGAGUGGUGCCCCCUGUGGCCGUGGAGGACCUCACCACCAUGCCCCAGCACAGGACCCGACCCAGCAUCACGGAGGUCAGUGGAACGCUGAACGCCGUCCUCAAGUCAGAGACAGACACCGAGACACACAGGCUCUUACACACAGGAUCUGACCACGGAUCAGACCCAGAGAGACUGUUGUUGGGGAGACCUGGUUGUUCUCCUGCUCCUGACUCAAAGUAUUUACUUUAUGGAAACACAAGCCUAAGGACGGUUCAUUCCCAUGAGGACUCGGGUGAUGCGUUAGAGACUGGCAAUGAUCUGUCUCGUUCUUAUACUACAGCGAUGGACCCUGGCAUCAUGCCCUUGGUAUUAGAGACACAGACUGAUCUGUCUAGAGGGGACUGGAACCAGUACAGUAGUAGUGUAUACUCUGAAGGGUGCAUAGAUAAGAAAAGGGAGGUUAUAGCGAUAGAUGAGGUGACUGUGAAAAUGGAAGGUGACUCUCCUCUGACAUGUAAUGCAGACAAUACUCAUUUAUGGGAAAGAUACUCGCAGAGCAACACCAGUGACUUAGACUGCAGGGAUAGGUUAGAGACAAAUCUAAAUGUCGCGACCCACUCCCCUUUACACGCGGUCAGAGAUUGCGACCCAGUAUCCCCGUCGAUGGCACCUUAUGAUUCACAUGGCAGCAUCUUUUUCGAUCAGGUAUUUAACUCUGACGACGGGGCUAGAGACGAGUGUCGGGGAGGGGGAGCAAUGUCAAGCAAUAGUAAAGAGAAACGGUUCCUCUGCAUGUUCUGUAACAAAGGCUUUAGCUGCCUCCAGAAGAUGGAGAUCCACCAGAGGGUCCACACAGGGGAGAAUCCCUUCAGCUGUACCCAGUGUGAGAAGAGAUUCUCCCGCCAGGACCACUUGAAGAGGCACCAGAGGGUCCACACAGGGGAGAAACCAUUUAGCUGCCCCCAGUGUGAGAAGAGGUUCUCCCAGGCUGGUGACCUGAAGAGGCACCAGAGGGUCCACACUGGGGAGAAACCCUUUAGCUGUACCCAGUGUCACAUGCGCUUUGCCCUGGCUGGCAACCUGAAGAUGCACCUGAAGGUCCACAAGGGAGAGAGGCCAUUCACUAGUAUGCUUUGCGGGAAGACGUUCUCAGAAAGGAGCUACCUCAGGACACACCAGCAGAAAACACAUCCCGCUGUAUAAUAUAGAAAAGUAACCUUUCUGCUCGAUUGCUUCUGACGUUUAGAUCAAACCCUGCAUUAAAGUCAAAGAUACAUUUUUAUUGUUGUCAGCUGAAAAGAUUCACAGAUGCAUUUGGAAUAAUGAGAGUAACAGAUUUCAGUGUUGGAUAUUCCUGGGUAGAAUAUUGCAUCCAGACAUUGUGUGAUAUACAGUGCCUUCAGAAUGUAUUCACAUCCCUCGACUUUCUCUACAUUUAAUUCUUACAGCCUUAAUUUCAAAUUGAUGAAAUUGAGAUUGCCUUUUUACAAAUUAAUAAAAAAUGAUAAGCUGGAAUGUCUGAAGUAUUCAACCCCUUUGUUAUGGCAAGCCAAAAUAAUGUGUUUAACAAUUCACGAGUUGCAUAGACUCACUCUAUGUGCAAUAAUAGUGUUUAACAUGAUUUUUGAAUGACUGCUCAUCUCUGUUCCCCACACAUACAAUUUUCUAUCUGUAAAGUUCCUCAGUCAAGCAGUGAAUUUCAAACACCAAGGAGAUUUUCCAAUGGUAGAUCGGUAAACAUUAAAAAACAGACAUGGAAUAUCCCUUUGAGCAUGGUGAAGUUCAUACACUUUGGAUGGUGUAUGAAUACACCCAGUCACUACAAAGAUACCGAUGUCCUUCCUAACUCUGUUGCCGGAGAGGAAGGAAACCGUUCAUGGAUUUCACUAUGAGGCCAGUGGUGUCUUUAAAACAAAGUUCAAUGGCUGUGCUGGAAGAACUAAGGAUGGAUCAACCUUGUAGUUACUCCACAAUACUAACCUGAUUGACAGAGUGAUUGAGAAAGAAGCCUGUACAGAAUACAAAUAUUCCGAAACAUGCAUCCUGUUUGCAAUAAGACACUAAAACAGAAAAACAUGUGGCAAAGAAAUUAACUUUGUCUUGAUUAAAGUGUUAUGUUUGUGGCAAACACAUCACUGAUUACAACUUUUUAUAUUUUCAAACAUGGUGGUGGCUGCAUCAUGUUAGGUGUAAGCUUGUCAUCUGAAAAGAGUUUUUCAGGAUAAAAAGAAACAGAAUAGAGCUAAGCACAGGCAAAAUCCUAAAGGAAAAACCCGGUUCAGUCUGCUUUCUAACAGACACAAUUUCACCUUUCAGCAGGACAAUAACUAAUAUACUGGCUUACCAAAAUGACAUUGAAUGUUCCUGAGUGGCCGAGUUAGUUUUGACUUAAAUCUACUUAAAUGGUUGUCCUGCAAUGAUCAACAACCAAUUUGACAGAGCUUGAAGAAUCGUUUUAAAGAAUAAUGGGCAAAUGUUGCACAAUCCAGGUGUGGAAAGCUCUUUGGGAGUCACAGCUGUAAUCGCUGCCAAAGGUGCUUCUACAAAGUAUUGACUCAGGAGUGUGUGGUGGUUAAUUUCUUUGUCUCUCCUCAUUUGAUAGUAAACUUAUCACACAAGUCAGAGUUAUACUUAAACUAAAUCUUUAUUCACUUAAGGGAGCAGGUGAAUACAACACACACAUACAAAGUGAAUUGAUUGAGUGCUCUACGAUAAUGAUGGCUGGUCGACGAAUCACCCUCAGAUGAUUCGUUGAGAGCCCAGAGACAAAGAAUACAACUUUUUUUAUAGCAAAGUACAUCCUUCUGAAUGUUCAUGACAAACAGAUGUAUAGAAUGGGUCACAAUGUUUAAGAUUUGUAUGAAAGACACUAACUCACAUCAGACAGUAUCUGCUGUAAAGAAUGUUCUCAUUGUGUAGAAACCAAGGUCUGGCCCUGAGCCAUCUCUCCCUGGUGUCUUCCAGUCAAACCGGAGCAAUCUCCCUCACAUGAAUGGAAUGUGGCCCAAGGCAUCGUAAAUCUGUCAACAUUAAGCCUCCAGAGGCCCAUUCUCAGUGGAACACACACAGAUGAGUGUUGCAACAAUAUUCUGUUGCAUGAAACAACCAUUUGAUGCAAUAACAGCAUUUAGAACAAUUGUAAUUUCUCUCACAGGUGUGAAUGCUUAUGUAAAUUAGAUAUUUAUGUAUGUCACUUUCAAUAAAUUUGCUAAAAUGUCUAAACAUGUUUUCACUUUGGUUAUUAUGAGGUAUUGUGUGUAGAUGGGUCAGGGGAAUUAUUUUUAAAUCCAUUUUGAACUCUGGCUGUUAGAAAAUGUGGAAUAAGUCAAGGGCCAUGAAUACUUUCUGAAGGCACUGUAUAACGCAUAUAUAAGCCUAAAGUCUGUUACAUAUUUUGUUUGUACUGUAUAGGCUAUAUAUUCACAAAUGCCGGUUUCAUUACUUCCAUUCAACUAUUGACAUUUUUUCCCAAGAAACUUUUAUUGAGAGAAUGAAUGCCGUUUAUGAAGUUCAUGCAGAUUUUUUUGUUGAGACAUUGCAUUUACGUUUUAGUAAUUUAGCAGAAGCUCCAAUCCAGAGCAAUUUACAUCUUAAAAUGGCUGGGUGAGAACCACAUAUCACAGUCGUAACAAUUACAGUUUCCCUCAAAGUAGUUCGUAGUUUUCUGCAAAGUCGGUGCUAGUACCCAAAGUUUUAAAAAAAGUAAGAUAUUCUUUGAAGAGGCACGGUUGCAGAUGUUUUUGGAAGUUGAGCAGGGAAACUGCUGUCCUAGCUUCAGGGGUACCAGGACAGAAGAGCUUUGAUUGGGCUAAACGGGAGCUGAUUGGGCUAAACGGGAGCUGAUUGGGCUAAACGGGAGCUGAUUGGGC